UUGAACCCAGUGCGCAACAAUGGACCGGUCUAUUGUCAACAAGUUACUGUACAGUCUAGAAAAGAAGUAGCCAUGCGUAAGGAAAUGAAAAAAGAACAAAAAAGGAUGAAAAAAGAAAUGUCGAGAAUACAACAUGCUUUUGGUGACGAAGAGAAGCUGGAAAUUGAACUAGCUCAACGAGAGAUGGAAAGAGAAAGACAACUUGAGAUUGAUAGAUUGAAAUGGACACCUACAAUUCGAGGAGGACAAGUUAAAGAAACUUAUCCAUUCGUUUUUGAUGCCAAGUUAUAUACUGGAUACUCGGCUGGUGUCAACAAGACUUUUCUGCCGGAAGGAGCUUUCCAAGAAAAUUAUAACACUCACGAUUGUGUCACUGUACCAGCUGUGAAGAAGACCCCUCUAGGAAUUGAUCACGUUUUCAUUAAUCAGAUGGACGAGAUUGGUCAAAUGGGUUUCCGUGGUUUCGAAAAACUGAAUAUCAUCCAAUCCAUAGUAUUUGAACAAGCUUAUAAAACAAAGGAGAAUCUUUUAAUUUGUGCCCCUACUGGAGCAGGUAAAACCAACAUUGCUAUGUUGACUAUAUUGAAUGUUGUUCAUCAGUAUAUAAAGCCGAAUGGAGUUAUAGCGAAGGACGAUUUCAAGAUUGUUUACAUCGCCCCCAUGAAAGCUUUAGCUACUGAAAUGACUGCCAGUUUCAGUCAACGUUUAGCUCCGCUAGGAUUGACAGUCCGUGAAUUGACUGGAGACACGCAGUUAUCCAAGAAGGAAUUGAGUGAAACUCAAAUGCUCGUAGUGACUCCUGAAAAAUGGGAUGUGGUAACUAGGAAGGGAACGGCUGACAAUUCUCUAUCAAGUCUCGUUAGGCUCUUAAUCAUUGACGAAGUUCAUUUACUGCAAGACGAGAGAGGUCCCGUUAUUGAAACAAUUGUAUCGAGAACGUUGCGACAAGUUGAGAUGUCUCAGUCUGGAAUCAGAAUAUUAGGAUUGUCUGCUACUUUACCUAACUAUGUUGAUGUUGCUAAGUUUCUACGUGUCAACCCACACAAGGGUUUAUUCUUUUUCGAUGAGAGGUUCAGACCCGUUCCUCUCAGUCAAAAAUUUAUUGGCGUGAAAAAAGGUAUGCAAAGAGAUGUGCAAGAAAACAUGGAUGAGCUUUGCUAUGAAGAAGUGCUUCACCACGUCAAAGAAGGUAACCAAGUUUUGGUGUUUGUUCAUGCUCGUAAUGCUACUAGACGUGUAGCUCUGGACAUAAUUCAGAGGGCAGCCCGUUUGGGAAAAAGGGAUGUAUUCUUACCUUCCACUAUGAACACAGCCGAGUACGGAAAAACUACAAAAUCACUUCAAUCUCGGAACACGCAAUUGUACGAGGUUGUACAACAUGGUUUUGGAGUGCAUCACGCUGGACUUCUCCGGAAAGAUCGUCUUCUAAUGGAGAAAAUGUUUGCACAUGGUCAUUUAAUGGUUCUUGUUUGUACUUCAACCUUAGCUUGGGGAGUCAAUUUACCAGCUCAUGCCGUUAUCAUCAGAGGGACGGAUGUUUUUGAUGCUGAGAAGGGUCAAUUCAGCGACUUGGGAGUUCUAGAUGUACAACAGAUUUUUGGACGUGCUGGUAGACCUCAGUUCCAAACAGAAGGAUAUGGUACAAUCAUUACUAACCAUGCAAAGAUGGGGAUUUAUUUAUCUAUGCUGACAAGGAAAGAUCCCAUUGAAAGUCAAUUCCAUAAAAGACUGCACGAUAAUCUGAAUGCUGAAAUCUCAUUAGGUACUGUUUCAAAUGUUGAGGAAGCUGUUGAAUGGCUAACGUAUUCUUAUUAUUAUACAAGGAUUAAUAUGAACCCUGUCGCAUACGGACUAUCAUACAGAGAUGUCGAAAACGAUCCCGGUUUGUAUGAUCAUUUGAGAAAGCUUGUUAUCACAGUUGCCACAAAGCUGGACGACUUGCAGAUGAUCCGAUACGACGGCUUAAAUAGUUUUUUGAAUGCUACCGAUCUUGGUAGAAUUGCUUCAGAUUUCUAUAUCAAACAUGAAACAAUUGAGUUGUUACAAAAACCGGAGGGUUCUAUUAAGUUCGGACAGUUCAUGCCUGAUGAUAUGAUACUCGGAGUGAUUUCGAUUUCAAAAGAAUUCAGUCAAAUCAAGGUUCGAGAUGAUGAGUACACUGAUUUAGAAGAGCUGACGAACUUCGCCUGCAUGUUACCAGUUCGUUCUGGAGGCCUUGCUAGUACAGCUGGAAAAGUUAACGUCCUUCUACAGGCUCUCAUUUCGAACUACUCGGUCAGAAGUUUCUCAUUGGCAUCGGAGUGUAACUACAUUUCUCAGAAUGCUGGUCGAUUAUGCAGAGCUAUAUUUGAAAUUACUUUGCGGAGAGGAUGGGCUCAAGCCACGAAUGCUUGUCUAACCCUAGCUAAAUGUAUAGAAAAAAAAGUGUGGAGACACCAAACAUGCUUGAGACAGCUGAGUUCGUUCGUGCAGUAUGCAUGGAUCGAGAAGAUCGAACGUAAGGGCUUGAGCGAAGAUCAGUUGCUUGAUCUGACUCCGAAAGAACUUGAAACUAUGUUCCGAUGUGAUGGAGAGAAAGUAUAUCUCGCACUCCACUCGUUGCCGAGAGUAGAAGUGGAAGCUACCAUAAAGCCUAUCACUUAUACCAUAAUUCAAGUUGACGCAUGGCUAUAUCCAUCUUUCAAAUGGAAUGACCAAGUUUAUGGAAAGACAGGAGUACAGUCAUUUUAUCUUCUUCUUGAGAACAUCAAUGAGAACCUCAUAGUUCAUCAUGAAAAAGUCUUGUUGAACAAGAAGAAGGUUUUGUCCGGCGAACCGAUUCAUAUUGUUUUCACGAUACCUGUCAAAGAUCAUGAUCUAACAAACGUGUACCAACUCAGGAUUUGCAGUGAAUAUUACUUGGUAGACGACACUGUUGUUCCUUUAUCCAUGCACAAUUGCAUUCUCCCAAAAUCCAUCAAGUCUCAUACAGAUUUACUUGAUUUGGAUCCUCUGCCUAUUUCAACGCUUAAGAAUACUUUGUUCCAGUCCAUAUACAACUAUUCGUUCUUCAACCCUAUCCAGACACAGGUUUUCCAUUGUUUGUAUAAAACUGAUGAGUCCUCGCUUAUUGGAGCUCCAACUGGAUCGGGUAAAACAUGCUGUGCUGAGUUGGCAAUCUUUAGGCUGCUUCAAAAUCACCCUGGAAAGAAGUGCGUUUACAUCGCUCCUCUCAAAGCGUUGGUCAGAGAACGUGUCCUAGACUGGAAAACUAAGUUCGAGGAAAACAUGGGCUACAAGUAA